GUAUUCCAGCAACCGAGAAGUUGGUCGUUUGCCGCUGUCGACGGAGGGAGGGGAACGAGCAGCUUGGAACGGCCGCCAGUGCGAGGAUUCUGUAGGGUCUACGGGGGGGCGGCUGGAUCAGCCACGCUUACGAACAGCCCUGGAAGAGAGGCGCUCCUAGUGGGAAGAUUCCCGAGUUCAAAUCUCGGGUGGGGCAGUUUGGGAGGCAGGGUUGAGCCAGGAGGGCCGGGCAAAUGGGGGGCAGCUGAUAGCCGGAGGAGUGGGAAAUCUAGAAGUUACCCCCCUUAAAAAAAACCUCACCCCCCCUUAAGAGUGAGGCCAAAGACCAAGAUGUGUUUGGGGCAGUUUAGGUAGAUUUGGGCUUGCAGAGAUUGGGAGUGGUUAGGGGGUUCAGAUUAAACAGGGUCGAGGAGUAAUUAGAUCAUGGGGGUGAGAGACUCUUGAGAACUGAAGCAGUUAAGAGGGGAGAUCUUUUGGGCGGAGGGGGGAGCAUAACUGGGAAAAGCAACCCUGUGCAAGGAGAGUUGGCGAUUUAAGGCGGGGGCGUUCUGGACUGGGGGAGGCCUUGUGUUUUUAUACCAUUAGACGGAGUGGGGUGGGAUUUGGGUGAAACGUUGAGAUUUCUGGGUGCUCCAUGGAAGAGGCUGAUUUGAGUGAGAGGAGCCCCCUCUUAAGGGGUAACCUUCAACGCCCCACCAGCUCCCCCAGUACUGAUGUCUUCCAUGGCCGGCGCUUGGCGUGUGCUGCAGUGCUCCUGGCUGAGAUGCUGGAGAGAGUAGCCUUCUACGGCAUCACUUCCAACCUGGUGCUGUUCCUCAAUGGCGUGCCCUACAACUGGGAAGGAGCGCAAGCCAGCCAAGCCUUGCUGCUCUUCAUGGGUGUCACUUACCUGGUCUCGCCUUUUGGUGGCUGGCUGGCUGACGCCCUCCUGGGCAAGUUCCCCACCAUCUUGGUCAGCAUGGCCCUGUACCUGCUGGGCAUGCUGGCCUUCCCUGCCAUGGCCAGUGCCAGCACCCGGCAGUGGCUCUGUGGAGAGCUGGCUCUGUGGCCCGUCGAGAACUGCUCUUCGUCUUUGGGCUCCAAUGCCACUGCGACUCCCUGCCAGCUGGAGGGUGCCACCCGCUACUGCCUCAUCGCCACCUUUGUCGGCUUGGUGCUUGUUGGAGUCAGCGUGGGUUCCGUCAAGGCCAACAUCACACCCUUCGGAGCUGAUCAGGUCAAGGAUCGGGGCCCUGAAGCCACCCGGAGGUUUUUCAACUGGUUUUACUGGAGCAUUAACUUGGGGGCCAUCUUCUCCUUGGGAGGCAUUGCGUACAUCCAGCAGAAUGUGAAUUUUGUCAUUGGCUACAUCAUCCCUGCUGUUUGCAUCGGAGUGUCCUUCGUUGUGUUUCUGUGUGGCCAGAAUUUCUUCAUCACAAAGCCACCCGAUGGCAGCACCUUCACAGACAUGUUUAAGAUUCUAGCAUAUUCUUGUUGUUCCCGGAAGAGGUCCGAUGGAAACUCCAGCACCAGGGACAGCCAAGGAAUACUUCAUCAACCAGCUCCCAGACAAAGCCUCUUUGAGGCAGCCAAAGUUUCCCGUGGAGGGCUGUUCAGGGAGGAUAAAGUCGAGGAUGUGAAAGCGCUGGUCAAAAUAAUCCCGGUCUUCCUGGCUCUUAUUCCCUACUGGAUGGUCUAUUUUCAGAUGCAGACAACCUAUGUCCUCCAGAGCCUGCACUUGAGAAUCCCUCAGUUUUCAAACAGCACGUCGGACAGCCAUACGUUCCCUGCAGCUUGGCUGACCAUGUUUGAUGCAGUGCUUAUCCUCAUCCUAAUACCUUUGAAGGACAAAGUGGUUGACCCCAUCUUGAAGAGGCACGGCCUGCUUCCAUCAUCACUGAAAAGAAUUGCGGUUGGGAUGUUCUUUGUGAUGUGCUCCGCAUUUGCGGCAGGAAUACUGGAAAGCAAAAGGCUGAAGAUUGUGAAGAUCAAGCCAAUUAAUCAGAAGAUCGGGACGGCUGUAUAUCAAGCGGCUGAUAUGUCAGUCUGGUGGCAGAUCCCUCAGUAUCUUCUGAUUGGUUUCAGUGAAAUAUUUGCAAGUAUUUCAGGUCUAGAAUUUGCAUAUUCGGCUGCUCCCAAAUCUAUGCAGAGUGCUAUUAUGGGUCUCUUUUUCUUUUUUUCUGGAAUUGGAUCUUUCGUCGGCUCAGGGCUUCUGGCUCUGGUGUCUAUUACAUCAAUUGGUUGGAUGAGUAAUCACACCGAUUUGGGUAACAUUAAUGGCUGCCAUUUAAACUAUUACUUUUUCCUGCUGGUGGCUAUCCAAGGAGCAACCCUUCUCCUUUUCCUUAUUGUGUCUGUCAAAUAUGACCGCCAAAGAUCUCGGACUAAUGGAGCUACCACCAGUGUGCGGACCUGAUGUGAUCUGGAAGAAAAGAGCAGCUCAUUUGACUGGCAUGAGGCAUCAUUUGCAUCAUCAGUCCACAAGGUCUUAAACGCUAACACAGUGGGCAUUCUCUUUUAACUUGCAUGUUAAUAUUGUGGGUUUGCCUCAGCCCCCCCUUUUCCCCUUUCCUCUGUAAAAGUAGGCAAGUGCCUUAUGUUAGCAAGAUAAUAUUGUUUGUCUUGCCCUGUGCCCUGAGAUGUGAAGCAAGCUCUAUUUUUCAAGCGCGUUACCCGCAGGGAUUGAAGAUGCACUGCGCUUAUUUCAAGCUGCUUCCUCCAGUUUAUUAAAGGUGGAAAUGAGUAGCCUUCAGAAACGGAGAGAAUGAAUGACUGCAUACUAGGAAGCAUUUCAGUUCUUUCAAGGAGGACGUUGAAGGAAGGGAGCAAAAACAUUGUUUUCAAUUUCUUUUUACUUAUCCAUAUUCUCAGAAAUUGAGUUCUCCUUUCUUAAAAUUGAAGCAGCAAAGUAGAUGGGGUGAGAAGCCUCUCUUGUCAAACCUGAAAGGUGAGGGGGGGGUUUGGGGUUGUAUGGUAAUGAAGUGGGGAUUUCCCCCCCCCAAAUGUAGGGGAUUUCCCCCCCUACGUUGGACAAAAGGGAUGUAGCUUAGACAUGUUUGUUUUUCAUUAGCAAAGGUUGUAGAACUACCGUCUUCAGUAACUAAUAGACCUCACUGUGCAACAUGGUGGUCUUUCGGCCACUAUUUUUGUACAUGUUAAAUCAUUUUGUGAUGGGGAAACUGAGCUGGAAUCAGUCUUUUUUCUUCUUCUUUCCUUUUUUCCCCCUCACGCCUUGAGAAUUUUUCCUUUUUUUUUUUUAAGUAGGACUUGAAGUGUUUGGAAAAUACUGUGUGCUAUAAAUAAGCAAAUCUUUUGUUUCCCAAUAGUUUUCAUGUUUAAAAGCUGACACAUGGGAGUAAAAAUGAAAGUAUUGAAACCUAUUUUGAGCUAGGUUGGGUUGACAUUCUGAAGGGCACAGUCAACUUAUAGUGAAGGCCUAGGUGAACAUAAACUGUGAGAUGGGCCCUCGAUGAUUUGGGAUUCCGAGCCAAUGCGAGGCCGAAAAAUCUGUAUCAACCAUCAGCCAAGCUUUUCCCACAAUCCAUUUACAUGUAGUUCUCCACUAAACCACCCUCUUUUGGAGGACAAAACAGUUGUAUAUAAAUCAGGGAGGGGAAACCUGUGGCCCUCCAAAUGUUGGAUUCCAAUUCCCAUCAGCUCAGCCAGCAUGGGCAAUGGUCAGGGAUGAUGGGAAAUGGAGUCCAAGCAAUCUGGAGAGCCAUCAGGUUGUCCAUCCCUGAGGUAAAUCCCACCUUGAGCUUCUUGGCAGAAGGAUGUGCAAUAAAAACAGAUAGGUUUCCAUCAUUUCAUCCAACAUGUCCCUUGCGCAAAAGUGGUUCUUUAUUUCUCACGGGGCUGAAUUGUCAGUUGCAUUUCCUCUUUGCAAAAAGUUAUACAUAAAGAGUGUUGGACUACGACCUGAGAGACCAGGGUUUGAAUCCCCACACAGCCAUGAAGCUCACUGGGUGACCUUGGGCCAGUCACUGCCUCUCAGCCGCAGAGGAAGGCAAUGGUAAAACCACCUCUGAAUACAGCUUACCAUGAAAACCCUAUUCAAGUCAGGAUCAACUUGAAGGCACUCCAUUUCCAUUUUCCAUACAUAAAAGCAAUAUUUUACACAGAAAUUAUGGAAUCCACUGGAGGAGGCAAAAAAAAAUCUACUUCUUCUAACAACAAAUGGUUUUUAAAAUGCUUCUUUGGUGUUUAAUUUUUAAGCAUACAAACAUUGGGACAGAAAAGAGACCUUCGGUUUUCUAUAAAUCAAGUACCUUCAUUUAAAAAUGUUUACAAAAAUGCUUGUGCUGCGAGCCUGUGUUCCACGGUGAAUAAAAA